AUGAAAAAAUGUAUAAUAUACAUAGAGUUAUUUUUUUAUGUUACACUCUUCCAUCUAUGGAAGGGUGUAGAAUCUCAUCCUUCUUCGUCAAGUAAGAGUGUAUCACCUCUUAGUUCCCAAAUCCCUACAGAUAAAUCCUCUAAAUCUGAAUCUCAAAAUGGAUCUAUAUUUGACUCAUUGGAAUCACAAUCAAUCACAACUUCUCUCACAUCCCAGCCCGAAACCACUCUUGAUACCAAACUACCUGUAACAUCUCCUGUAAUUCCUGCUCCCAAAUCAAUAACUCUUGAUAUCGAUACUACUGAGAGCACUAGUGAGUUUGACUUUGCCGAGAUUGGUAAUAUCAAUACAUUCACCCCUAAAGAUGGGCAUGUGUUUAACAAGGUAACUCAGGGUACCAAUGUUAUUUGGGAGUCAGAUGGUAAAUCUGGAACCAUCGUUAGAACUAAGUUAUUUAGUAAUAAUGAAAAAUAUUUACUCAUAAUACUUAUUAAUAGUUUGUUCUCAUUGUUUCAUCAGUCUGAUGAAAACCAACCCUGGACAAAUGCCACUGGUGACAGGUACGAUGUGACCAAAUUCAAGUUCCUUGGUGAGGAUGAGAAUGAUAUCAAGUCAAACAAUUACACAGUAUCAAUCCUCGAAUUAUUUUAUAGUUUUAAGUUCAAAACUGGAUCCAUGUGCACUAUGAUCAAGUAUGAUAACGACGUUGUUUGGAAGUCUACCGACACUAAGAAAUUUUCAAACAUUACUACGUUUUAUUUUGGUCUUGUUUCAAACCGUUUCUUUGUCAAAAAUUCCUAUGGUGAACUCAAGAGAAUAGAUUUUAAACCAGUAAUAAAAGAACUCGCCAUACCUAUCACCAAACAAACACCAACCCCCAAGUCUGACCCCAAUCUAAAUAUAACGCCAUUUAACAAUGUCACGGUUGAUAUUGAGAACACUAACGGUACCAGUGAGUUCGAGUAUUCGAAGGAUGGUAACUGUUGCAUAUAUAGUACUAAGACUGGAUACUCCUUUGGCAAGGUUGCCCAGGGAGAAACCGUUAUUUGGGAAUCUAAGGAUAAUGUACUUGGAACCUUGAUUAGGACUUGGAAUGACGAUUUUUUGGCAAUACUCCUGAGUAAUAAUCUUUUUAAACUGUUCCAGCACUUAUCUGGCAACUGGUCUGACAUCACUGCAGAGAGGCGUGACGUAACUAAGCUAAAGUUCUAUGGCGAUGGUGAUAAUGAGAUAACAUCUGUUGACUAUUCAGUUAGCUUUGUGAAAGACUAUUUAUAUGAAUUCUCAUUCAAUGAUGGAGUUAAGUGUAGCAAGAUCAAGUACAAAGAAAAAGUUGUCUGGAGAAACAUGAAAGGUAAAAUGUAUGAAGACAUCAAAAUGUUCCAACUUGGUCUUCUUUCCAACAAUUUCUUUAUUAAAAAUCAAUUUGAAUACAGGAAACUUACCAAUCCAUCUAUCGAGAUCACGCCCGUCACUCUUGAUAUCGAUCGGACUUAUUGUACCAGCCAAUAUGAAUUCUCCAAGAACGAUAACUGUAGAACAUAUACCUCGAAAUAUGGUUACAGCAUUAAUAAGAUUGUGAAGAAAAACAUCAAUAUCUGGGAUGCUGAUCCGGAUGAUAAUGCCCUUAAGGUGGUGUUAAUUGGUUCUGGCAAGGAUGAGAAACAUUUGUCAAUUCUGUUGGAGAGCGGUGAUUUUGUUCUCCUUCAUAAGACUCGUAGGGAUCUGUUCUGGAAAGAUAUAACUGACAAAAAGAGUGACUUCUCCGAUAUUAAGAUGUACUCGCUGGAUGAUGAAAACAAUUAUAAUGAACUGAGACCCCUUCACAACUCCAUAAUUUUGUAUAACACAUUUUAUGGCUAUGAGUUUAAAAAAGGUGUCAAGUGUGCCAAAAUCACCAACAAAGAUAAGCUACUGUGGACCCACACUGAUGAUCCUGACUUUGGGUAUCCGAGUGCCAUAUACCUCGAUCUUCUUAAAAACAAGUUCAAUGUCAUAAAUUUUAAAGACCAGACUAAGGAACUUAAAGGUGAGGGACCUGCCGUCACUCUUUUUAUCAACAUAGACAUUUACCACCAUGACCUAGAUCAUUACGAGAAUGUUUCUUUAACAUUGGAUCUCUAG